CACGGGGUCUGUUGUGAGUAGGGAACUUUUUCUGCCGGGGUGGGUGCGCUCAAUUUCUCUCAAACGCAAGGCAAUUGAAACAUUAUACAGACUUCCCUGUCAGCUGAUCAACUUUGUAGAGCAUGCAGUAACCCACCAGGAGUGACGCUUAACAUUUAGUGAAGAGCUGCCAGUUGUCUUGAGAGCCCCUUCUUCCUCGCAUUGUAAACCGGUCAAGGCUCCUGACUUCAGCAUGUCAACAGAUAUGGAAGCCACUACUGUAACCAGUGAUGAUUUGGACUCUAAGACAACAACAACAACAACAACAGCAGCUACUGUGGAAAGCAAGACUGCCUUCAAGAAGGAAAAGAAGAAAGAGAAGACAGAUGAGUACUUGUUGGCCAGGUUCCAGGGAGAUGGUGUGAGAUACAAAGCUAAGAUGAUUGGUGUGGAUGAUGUACCAGAACCCAGAGGGGACAAAAUGAGCCAGGACUCAAUGAUGAAGCUUAAGGGAAUGGCGGUAGCUGCUCGUUCCCAGGGCAAACACAAACAGAGGAUCUGGGUGAACAUUUCCAUAUCAGGAAUUAAAAUCAUUGAUGAGAAAACUGGGGUGAUUGAACAUGAACAUGCAGUGAAUAAGAUCUCCUUCAUUGCCAGAGAUGUUACAGACAACCGUGCUUUUGGUUAUGUGUAUGGUGCCGAAGGACAGCACCAAUUCUUUGCAAUUAAGACAGCACAGCAGGCAGAACCUUUAGUCAUUGACCUGAAGGACCUGUUCCAGUUAAUCUUCAAUAUGAAAACUAAAGACUCCCAGGAUCCAGAGCAUGAUAAACCAGAAGAUGCUGUUGUGAAGAAUGGUGGUGAUGCCCUGCUAAAGGUUGUGUAA